AUGAAUAGGCUAGAGAAUUUCAUGAUGGCUCAAUCCGAGAAGCUGAAUGAAUUCAUAUUGUCUUGUAAUAAAAUGUUUGAGGUCCUAUUUACUCAUGGAAAGAUGCUUGAGAACCAAAUCAAUGAACUAGCCAUCCCUUUGAGAGAUUGUGCUAGUCCUCUUUCUUUACCCUCACAAGAAGUUGAUUUUAGGGAACCGAUGUGUGCUAUGACCACUAGGAGUGUUAAGGUCCUUAAAGAGAGUGUUCCUAAGAAGAGUAAGGAGAGUGAAAAGGAGAGUGAUUCGAGUGAAGGGAACAAGCAUGAAGAGCCUAGCAAGAUGAGUGAGGAUUCCAUGAUAAGCCUAAGGAGAAAGAGCGGAAGCAAGAUGAGGUAUAAAUUGGAUGAACAAUUUGGGAAAUUCGUCGAGAUGCUUAAGCAACUUCAUCUUACUCUUCCUUUCACCGAUGUGGUGGAACAAAUGCCAAACUAUGCUAAGUUUCUUAAGGAAAUUUUGAGCGGUAAGAGAGCUUGCAAUAUGGUGGAACCGGUGAAUUUGGGGGAGUGUUUUAGUGCCUUUAUUCAUAAUGACCUACCCCAAAAGUUGAAAGAUCCCGGAAAUUUCUCCGUACCUUGCAAAAUCAAAGGAAAAUUGUUCCACAAUGCUCUUUGUGAUCUUUGUGCUAGUGUUAGCAUCAUGCCUUAUUCCGUUUUCAAGAAACUUAAGCUAGGUGAGCUCCUUCCAUCCAACAUGACCCUUCAAUUGGCCAAUCGGUCUAUUAAGUUUCCAAAGGGGAGAGUUGAGGAUGUUCCUCUCAAGAUAGGAGAGUUCACCAUUCCCAUUGAUUUCAUUGUGCUUGAGAUUGCGGAAGAUGACCAUAUCCCUUUCAUCUUAAGAAGACCUUUCUUAACCACCUCGGGAACCUUGAUAGAUGUUAAGGGAGGUCGUAUUACCUUGAGAGUUGGUAAGAAUGAGGAAGGUUUUGAGCUAAAACCAACGCAUGAGUCUUUGUCUCUUGUGAAAGGAAUUAUAUGUGUUAAUUCCCCUCGCCCUAUUGAUAAUGUAUGCAUGAUUGAUUUUUCAACUAACAAUGUUAUUGAGAAUUGUGAUGAUGUGCUUUUGAGUUGUGAUUGCAAGAAGGUUAGUGAAGAAAAAACGUAG